UUACACAAGAUGCUAUUGACUGUUUAGUAAUACAUCCUCGAAAGUACUCGCGGACGAAAUGUGCCGGAAAACGAGAAAAGUUUUCUUCACAACUAUAUUUUUUAUAUUAGCUGCCACGGUUACAUGUUUUACGACCACGACACCAAGAAAUGUAACGUUAAUUCAAAAUCACCAGUUGCAAGAACAAUUUUCCGCCACGCUUAAUGGAAAAACAAAACGAUUUCCAUUAAACGACGUCGUCAGUAAGAACAUCACAUUAGUCCUUGAGAAUUUACUUAAGAAUUAUGAGAGUUCUCAAUUACCAACACAUGGACAAGAUAAACCAACUAUAAUCCAAACAAAUAUUUUAAUAAGAAGUAUGGGUCCAGUUUCUGAAUUAGACAUGGAAUACUCCAUGGAUUGUUACUUCAGACAAUAUUGGCAAGACCGAAGAUUAUCAUUUUUAGGACCAAUAAAGUCGUUAUCAUUAUCGAUUAAAAUGUUAGAAAGGAUAUGGAGACCCGACACUUAUUUUUACAACGGAAAAAAUUCUUACGUUCACACAAUAACCGUUCCAAAUAAAUUAUUAAGAAUCAGCCAAGACGGUGGAAUUUUAUACUCGAUGAGACUUACUAUUAAAGCUAAAUGUCCAAUGGAACUUAGAACAUUUCCGAUGGAUCGUCAAUCUUGUCCAUUAAUAUUAGGAAGUUAUGCUUAUACAACAAGAGAAUUAGUUUACCAAUGGCAAAGUGGACAAAGUGUCAAUUUUGUGCCAGGAAUGACACUAUCCCAAUUCGAUUUAAUGAGUUUCCCAUAUAGGAACUUUACUUUUACGAGAAGAGAAGGCGAUUUUUCCGUCCUGCAAGUUUCGUUUAAUCUGCAAAGACACACUGGGUACUUUUUAAUCCAAGUUUACGUCCCUUGCAUAUUAAUCGUCGUCCUUUCGUGGGUUUCUUUUUGGAUCCAUCGAGAAGCCACCAGCGAUAGAGUUGGACUUGGAAUAACAACCGUUUUAACUUUAUCCACGAUAAGUUUAGAUUCUAGAACUGAUUUACCGAAAGUUCGGUAUGCAACCGCUUUGGAUUGGUUCUUAUUGAUGAGCUUCUUUUAUUGCAUCGCAACUUUACUCGAAUUCGCCGGGGUUCAUUAUUUCACGAAAGUUGGAAGCGGUGAGUUACCAUUAGAAGAAGAGGAAUGGGAAGAUAUCGAGGAAGAAAGUGAUGAUGCUUUAAGUGCUGAUUCUGAAGAUAUUGGGAUGAUGGAAAAUAGUUUUUCGCCGAGUCAUUUGCAAUUGGGAAAAAGGAAAAUUACGCAUAUUUGUCCAGUUUUUAAUGAUCCGUCCUUACAUUAUGAAAAUCGAAAAACUUCUUUAAUAGCGAACGCUCAACCUUCCUCCCAACCGACGAUUAAACUAACAAUAGAAAAAACGACCCAAACCGAAACGAAACUCCCAAAGUGGCGCCAAUUUCUUUAUUGCCUCAAAGGCGAUGAUAAAUUUCGUAAACAGCGACAAAGAGAAGCUUCCGUAGCCCACGGGAAUCAUGAUCAUGGUUCAAGACAUAUCAAUAGUGUUUCUCAUAUAGAUCGAAUGGCGCGGGUUUUAUUUCCCACCACUUUUGGGUUUUUAAACUUGUGUUAUUGGCUUUUUUACAUCACUUAUCAAGAUGAUUUUAAUUGGAGUAACACCAAGCUGCAUUCACUUAGUCAUUAAAAAGAAUUUGCUUAAACAUGCAAGUUGGAAAAAAUUAUCUGGAGUUAGAAUGUUGAAAAUGGUAAUUCAUCAAUUCUUGGUGCUUAAAAAGAUAUUACUCGUUUAGUGUUAAAUAAAUAAGCAGAAAGUAAAAAGUAAUUGUUAGUAGUGGUGUAUUUAAUUAAGUAAGAUGAUGGUAAGGAAGAACGUUUUUGAAUUUGCCGCCAAAAAUGAAGUAUUAUUUCUUUUUUAAAACGUAUUAUGUACCUAAUUUAAGAUAA